AUGGCCACGACACCACCCCUCGCGACGGGUGCCAACCCUCCAAUUCCCGCCGAACAGCUCGCCGCACUUACAUCCCUGCUGUCGGGUCUCACCGCUGCCGCUUCCGGCACUGCCACACCCGCCACGUCGUCCGGCACCACUCGCACUGCCUUUCCAAAGCACGCACGCUUGGAUGGUGCGAAGACCUUCGCGAACUGGACACGCCAACUUCGCCUGUGCUGUCAGGAGCACAGCCUGCACUGCCAUCAAUACUCGAAGGAAGUCUCCCAAGUUUGCGGCCGGAGUCGACAUCAGCUACCGGUUUGUUCGUUGCAAGCAUUGUCGGCGCGAUGGUGUAGUCGUGAGGGCGCGCGGGCGCGCACUCAGUGGUCGAGGGUUCGAUCCGCCCGGAGCGUGA